AUGUCAGUCAAUCCCAAAUUGCAUGAAAUAUUAUCCAAUUUUCCUGAAAAAUAUGGAAAGGAGCACGAACAGAAGCGGCGUACGGUGAGGACAGAUAAGAAUGUUGAAGUUGCUAAUGCACAAAUGAUCUCAGAUACAAGAUCGCGCUUACAGGAGCAUAUAGUACAUAACUCUGAGUCUAAUUCGACAGUAGUUGUUAGUAGCCUCCCGGAGUUGAUAGCAUUAGAUCCUGAUUUGGUUGCAGAGCAGGAGAAGAAGAAAAGGAAGCUAAGAAAAUCAUUGAAUUAA